AUGAAAUGGCCACUAAAGAUAGAAGGUUUCGACGUAAAGCGUACUCUUUGCUUCCCGCCUUUGCAUGGUAUUGCCAGUGUUAUGCAUGGACGGCCUCCCGCAUGGACGGCCUCCCGCAUGGAUGGCCUCCCGCAUGGACGGCCUCCCGCAUGGAUGGCCUCCCGCAUGGACGGCCUCCCGCAUGGAUGGCCUCCCGCAUGGACGGCCUCCCGCAUGGAUGGCCUCCCGCAUGGACGGCCUCCCGCAUGGAUGGCCUCCCGCAUGGACGGCCUCCCGCAUGGAUGGCCUCCCGCAUGGAUGGCCUCCCGCAUGGAUGGCCUCCCGCAUGGACCGACCACCUUCUCGGAAUUCAUGGAAUUAUUGCGAAUAUAG